GGCAGGCCCCCGAAUCCUAGACUGAGAGAAUACCGAUCAAAAUAUUUUAACAGAUCCCANCAAAAAAAAAAAAAAGGGAACUUUCUGCUACGACUUUUGACCCGCACAGAAAACAAGUGUCCAUGGCGGCGAUCUCAGCUCCUACUCCAGUCAUCAAAGUCGCCGCCCUCUGCGGUUCUCUCCGCAAAGGUUCCUAUAAUCGCGGCCUCCUCCGUGCCGCUAUGGAUAUAUCGAAGUCGAUUGACGGGUUGGAGAUUGAGUAUGUGGACAUAUCACCAUUACCGUUUGUGAACACGGAUCUUGAAGUAAAUGGGACAUACCCACCUGCUGUAGAGGCAUUUAGACAGAAGAUUCUUGCUGCUGAUAGCAUACUCUUUGCGUCACCAGAGUACAACUACUCUAUCACUGGACCUCUGAAAAACGCCAUCGACUGGGCUUCAAGGGCACCAAACGUCUGGGACGACAAAGCAGCUGCAAUCGUGAGUGCAGGCGGUGGUUUUGGCGGUGGCCGGUCACAGUAUAUUCUCCGCCAAACAGGGGUUUACAUCAACCUUCAUUUCAUCAAUAAGCCGGAGUUCUUUCUAAACGCAUUCCAAACUCCCUCUCCAUUCGAUAGUGAUGGCAAUUUGAUCGAUGAUGCCUCCAAGACGAGGUUGAGAGCCGUUCUCUUGUCCUUGCAGGCAUUCACAAUCCGGCUCCAGGCUUAGUGUGUGGAGAUAUACCUCCCAGUAGGUGAGGUAAUAUUGUUCAAGAAUAUUCAUUAUCUGUGUGUGUGUAAUGGUACUACUCUUGUAUUGUGUUUGUGUGUGUUUUACUGGAAUUCGUGUACUUUGUCUAAAAUUUAUAGCGAUGUAUGAAUAAGAUUCGAUGAACUGUUUUUCUUGUUAGACAUCUUGAAUCGGCUGCAGUGCAGAUGUCUUUCAACUACACACUAUUAAUAAUUGUCGAUCUGUAGUUUAUUGCUUGUGGCUUGUGCAAUAUAAAUGUCUACUGGUGUGCUAACUGUUGAGCAGUGGUGCAUCUACUAGCUUGGUUGACACUUGAUAGUAUUAUAAAUGUGGUCUCAGUCUUGAUUGAUAACCAAAUAAGACUGGGGUUUUGUAGGGAGA